UCCCCGCGCCUCACCCGGCCCCUUCCCCGAGGCGUCGCCGCGGGCCUCCCCACGGCCGGCCCACCCGAGGGCCAUGGACCCCAGCGGGAUGGAGAUUCCGGUGACCCUCGUCAUCAAAGCCCCGAACCAGAAGUACCGCGACCAGACCGUCAGCUGCUUCCUCAACUGGACCGUGGGGAAACUAAAAUCGCAUCUCUCCAGCGUGUACCCCAGUAAGCCCUUGACGAAGGAUCAGAGGUUGGUGUAUUCUGGCAGGCUGCUUCCUGACCACCUGCAGCUGAAGGACAUUCUCAGAAAACAAGAUGAGUAUCACAUGGUUCACCUGGUAUGCACCUCUCGGACUCCUCCCACUUCUCCAAAACCCAGUCCCAGCCAAGAAAGUCCGGAAACACUGGCAUCCAGCAGCAGUUCUAAUUCAGAUCAUUCUGGAUCAACACCAUCAUCGUCCAGUCAGGAAACAUUGUCUCUCACUGCUGCCGCCGCCACUGCCAGCUCGCCUCCAGAAGGACUGAGGCAGCGAGUCCUUGCACAAACACAGACUGAUCCCGCGCAGAGUCCUCAGUUUCCCUAUAUGAUGCAAGGGAAUGUGGACAACCAGCUUCCUGGGCAAGCUGCCCCUGCAGGGCUCCCAGCCUACCCUGCCUUCAGCCCCCUGCACAUGCUGUGGUGGCACCAGCUGUACGCGCGCCACUACUACCUGCACUAUCAAGCUGCAAUUUCUGCUCAGGCCACAUCUAAUGCCAGCCCAGUCCAGCCCACUGCAUCGCCGCCUCUCAACCUGGCCCAUGGUCCUGGAGAGGAGCCCCCGCCAGCUGCAAACCUGGGGGCCCAGGAUGAUCGCCCCAUGAAUGAGAACAUGCAGAUGAAUGCGCAGGGUGGCCCUGUGCUGAAUGAGGAUGACUUCAACCGGGACUGGCUAGAUUGGGUGUACACCUUCUCUCGGGCCGCCAUCCUGCUCAGCGUUGUGUACUUCUAUUCUUCCUUUAGCCGGUUCAUCGUGGUCAUGGGCGCCAUGCUGCUAGUUUAUUUACACCAAGCCGGAUGGUUUCCUUUCAGGCAAGAAGGAGGUCAGCAGCAGGCUCCCAAUGAUGUCAGAGCAAAUGACCAGAGGCAGAACGCGAACAAUGUAGAGCUGGAGGAGAUGGAGCGCCUCAUGGACGAUGGGCAGGAGGAUGAGAGUGGAGAAGAUGCAGGCGACGAUGCCAACGCAGGGCCGAGGCCUGGGCUUGUGGCCUCAGCCUGGUCAUUCAUCACCACCUUCUUCACCUCACUGAUCCCAGAGGGGCCGCCCCAGGUGGCCAAUUAGACGUGAAAACAGUGCCAGCCGCCAAGGAGGGUCUGAGUUUAGGAAAGCUGUUUAAUAAGAGUGCAAUUUCAAAACUGGAAACCUUUCUCUCGACCAUCAUGUAUACAGGCAUUCUUUUCUUUGAGCUUCUCAAGCAUAUGAAUAUUUUAAGCACAAAUGGACUAGUUAGUGUGUGGUUUUGUUUUUUUUUUAAGGUCCUAACACAGCAAGCAUAACAGCGUUGGUCUUCCAGGGUGUGUUCCUUUCACUGUGCGUGGUGUGCUCAUAUAGAGCUCUGCAACUCCUUUCUUUAAAGAGCUGCUUCAUCUCUAAAUGUCCACAGCUAGGACCCCAGCCCUGCAAUGUGUAAUUUGAAUAAAUAGAUCUAUUUUCUGUGAAUUACUCCUGAAAGUUUUAAACAGAAUGACCUCAUAGUUUUUAAUAAAGAAUAUUAUUUACCUAAAAUGUGCUAGUAGCAUCUUGCCCAGCCAUAAAGCAAUAAACUUCUCAAUAAUCUUAAUUUUUGACAUUUGAAUAAAAGAUGAAAUACUUGGUAUUUUA